AUGACGGCGGCGGGCCGUGAGCAGGAGCGGGACCGGACGCGCUUCGUCUACGUGACUCGCUUCGGCUCGCACCAAUGCGGCGCCGUCCUUCAGCUGGGCGGCCGCCGGGCUCAGGGUCUGUGUAGGCCCGGGCUCGGGGCCGGCCGCAGCCGGGAGGAGCCGCAGGCGGCUGUGCCGGGGGCCGCGGGCGGCGGGGAGCUGUGCCCCGGCUCCCCGCCCAGGGCCCCCGCGGCCUCCUCUCCGGCGCGGGCGUCGAGCUCGCGGAGCCGGCCCCGGCAGGAGGCACAUGCAGGUGGCGCGAAGGGCCGGGCGGGCGGGGACUCGGGAGGGGGCCCCCGGCCUGUGGAGGGUUUAACCCAGAAGAAUUUAGCUAAAAAGUUUGACUUCCCCAUACCUUUGAAUGAAGCUUCCAAAAUAGUGAAGAAAAAGAAAAAGGUUUCAGUAUGGAAUGGAGUGUACAAAGUCAUUUCUAAAAUGCUUGAAGAAAAUGAAAAAUACAGACUUAGGCUGAAAUUAUGUAGUGAAAAUUACAAAACUCAUCCAUAUUGA